CGUACCUGACAUGAUUUCGGGGACGGUCUCCGGUAGUGGUUAUGGUUACACAUAACAGGUUUCCAUUAGCGGGUCAUGAGCGAACGGGUGGUGCACAUGUGUUUGCAUGGCAUAGGCAGUUUAUGCAAAUCAGCAGGACAUGGAGUGACGUGCAGGCCGGUGGGGACGGUCAGUGUGGAAGUCAGACCUGUAGACCCUUGUCUCUCUUCCAGACAAAUAAUCCUUUUCAGCCGGGAGCAGAAAUUAAACAACACCCUCAUGACUUGAGCUGUGCAACUCGACAUACAUCAUGACAAUGAGCUUCUUUGGAAAACUGAAGAAUCUACACAGCGGACCUCCAGCACCACCUAGAAGGAUAGAUAAUAAUGCUGGUUAUGGCUGGCCAGAGGAUGAGUUUGAUGAGGAGGACGGGGACAUGUAUGAGGCUCCUCCAUGUGAGCGUCCUCCUGUAAAAGUCCCACCCAGACAUGUGGAAGAGAAUGUUUAUUUGGAGAGGACAUCCAACCCAGUUCUUCCUCAGAGGCAGGCGGCUCCUCCACCUAGGCCAGCCAAGAUGACACCUAUGGGAAAAGCCUCGAAACAGCCACCUCAAUAUAAUGGCGGCGAGUUCUACAUUGAUCCCAACAGCAAAAAACCCCCUGAGAUAGAUAGAAAGGAGAAGCCAGGGCGAAAGCCUGCUCCCAAGAGGAUGGUUCCUCCUCCCACCCGCUCUGCCCCGGUACCUGCCCCCACCUCUCACUUUGAGGAAGAUGUAUAUUUGGAUCCAAAUGAAGACCAGGGAGAUAAUGAUGACUUGUAUCUGGAACCGACGGAGGCCUGCCCUCCUGCCCCUCGUGGGCCUAUGAGGACAUCUCUUCCACCCAAGAUGGCAGAAGCCCCUUCUUCUGUGCCCAUCAUGAAACCUCCAGUACCAAGAGCCAAGUCUAGUUCAUUCUUGCCUUAUUUUAACGAAGUAAAAACAGCUCCUCCGCCAGAUGUGAGACGCUCCACCUUUCCUGCUAAACUCCCUCCUCCAACGCCUGGUGUUAAGCCCCCCCUCCUGGCAAACAUGAAGGAGAGUAAACCGAGCCCGCCACCUCCUCCGAUAGCGGACGCCAAGACAGCAGCUCCCAAACAGGAAGCAAAUGAGGUCAAAGAGUGGUUUGCUGGAGACUGCACGAGGAAGACGGCGGAGGACCUCCUGCUGAGAGUCAACAAGGACGGCGCGUUCCUGAUCCGGCACAGCUCCGUGCAGAACGGACGCCAGCCCUACACCCUGGCCGUGCUCUACAGGCAGAAGGUCUACAACAUUCCCAUACGCUUCCUGGAGGAGACGCAAUGCUAUGCCCUCGGAAAAGAGGGGAAGAAAAACGAGGAGAUAUUCAGCAGUCUGCAGGAGAUCGUUUCUCACCACAUGAGUAACCAGCUGCCUCUGAUUGACAGCAAGAGUCAAGCCAAACACACUAUGUACCUCACCCACCCCGCACGCCCUUAAAACUACACUACCCACCAGCCCCGUCCCUACCCAGCAGUCGGUGGCAUUGCACUCACAUGGUUAUACUGUAUGCAGAUAAUUCAGCAGUUUUCAGCUAGAGAGGGGGGGGGGGAACCCAUUUGCGUCAUCCUCCAAAUUACAACUCUCUGAAAUAAUAGUCCCGGGAUGAACGCAAAGUCUUCAUUUUGCAAUAAAAUUUGCAUUGGUAAAGCAUAAUUAAACAGAGUUCAGUAAAACUCAAAGGCGUUUUAAUUCAUUAAAAGACAUAUGUAGAUGUAGGGGAGCCGCUUUCAACGUAUGGUACACGAACGCUCACAGCAGUCACUCUGACAGGCCUUACUCCACAUGGCAUGAAGACAGUAUUAUCCCACAACUCGUAAAGCUGAGACAUCAUCAUAUGUGGUUUCAGGAAGGGUGUUUCUUUUUUUUUUUUCAUUCUUCACAGCAUUUUUUACAUAUAAUUGCCUAACUUUGCCACGUAGGCAAUCUUUUCGUCUGCUGAAUAAGGACUUUGAGUCAACCUGGUGUGUGGCUAAUCUCAUGAGCUCUCCUAUGUAAAGCUUGAUCCAUAUGUGCCCACUUCUUUGUCUUUAUUACUGCGGCCAACUGUAUUGAACUAAGAGGGGGAAAAAAUGAUGUUGUUUUUUUUUUUGUGUUAAUUCCCCAUACUCAUUUGGCUGUGUUGAUUUUGUGAGUGUGUGAAGAGUAUGAUUCAUGCUAUGUAGUGUGAUUUCUUAUAUCAUGUAAAUAGCACCACAUCAGAAUACCCCCGCUUUUCUUUUGGAGAUGAAUCCUUGUCAGUUGUUGCAUGGGUUAAGACAAUGUCUACUAAUGUUGUUGUCACAUGGCCGUGGUAAUGAACAGAGGGGUUUGUAGCUGAAGCCAGGCUCAGAGCAAGUGUUGAAAUUCCUGUUCGCAGCCUGUGACCAUCAAUUACACGAAUGCAAUGACCCAGAUACUGCAACUGAGCCGAGCUCUCCAGCUGGGGCUUCUGUGGUAUGUGGCAUUAGUUUAUGGUAUACUGUGAUUGAUGAUGCUUGAUUUACCGUCACACCGCUUCAUAUCGCUUCCCCUCUCGGAGCAAAAACGACUUCAGAGUUAACAAAAUGUCUGUUGUCAAAUCAUCACUUGGAAAUGGGAUCUUUUCAAGUGGCGAAUGGAGGGUUUGCGGUUCGGGGUCAAACACAGGAGCUGAAUGCAAAUUGCCUGCCAGUGUCUGGUUAACAUCGCGCAGGCUAGGCAUCGUUCCAGUGCCAAACACACAAAUCUGACAGAAAGUACACCAGCAUCAAGGCUACUUGGAGGAUUAGCUUAGCACACUGGACGGUGUCUUGUAGCCGUGCAGCCUUGCGCCCAGCGUGGAUCACAUUGUAGGUUGCAAGAAUACCUGACAACAUGGAGCUACAUAGACGCCUGGUUGGAGGGAAGGGUUUGCAUGUGCUGUGGAUGACUACUGGAAACAAUCUUCGUUGAUCCAGAGUAAUUCACCAAGGCAGACAGGCGCCUUAUAGCUCUAUACUGCAGUUGGCAUAAUACUGGCUGUCAUGCUGAUAUAUUCUCCAGCCCCGAUCCCCAAACCCAUUUCCACAAGCCCUUUUCCACAGUCACCUCAAAAAACUACCACCAGACUUUGGUUUGACUUCCAUUAGGGCUCAGGUCCGUUCCAUAACCCACAGUCUUUAAAUAACAAAUAGUAUUUUCAUGUUACUUAGGCCUAACGCUGCAUUUCCUCCUGUAGCUGAAUAAUAUCAUUUGCAGUACAUUCUUCAAUGCAUUUUGUUUUGAUAGCAGUCUAAACAGACUGGAAUUUACAGGUAAUACAAAUGUCCCAGGAAGUGUUUUUUUAUGAUAUGUGUUUGAGUCUUGACUGUUAUCGUACUACUACUUUUCUGUUGAAUGAUCAGGUUAAUUUAAUUUCAUGCGAGAUGAAUUUAUAUUGUGUUUGUGUGGGUUUCCUCCGGGGGCUCCGGUUUCCUCCCAUGGUCCAAAGACAUGUAGGUCAGGUGAAUCAGCCAUAUUAAAUUUCCCCUAGAUGUGAAUGUGUGUGUGUUGGCCCGGUAAUGGACUGGCAGCCUGUCCAGGGUGUCUCCCCGCCUGCUGCCCAAUGACUGCUGGGAUAGGCUCCAGUAUCCCCGCGACCCUGAGUAAGGAUAAGCAGUUUGGAUAAUGAAUGAAUUUAUACUCCAUAUCAUGGGUGCAACCUACCCUCAAAAAACCAAAAGGUCCAAAAAAGCCUUAACUAAAGUGCAUUCAGCAAAACCAAAAAGCAGUUACCUUAGGAACAAAAGAAGUUCAUAGUCACUGUCUAAUGAUGAUUUUGAUCUGGAAAUAGUCAUUAUUUUGUGAUCUUUUGUCCAAAUCACAAGUUUUAGUAUGUCAUAAAUUAUAGCAUAUUCGUUGGCAUAGUAGGUUAAAGGUCAACUUGCAUAAAUUACCCAGUGCUGGGAAUAAAAAGGUCCACUUUUAAGGGAACAAAAUAUCCAUCUUUUAGAAGGCUAACCACAACCCUGCAAAUAUUUCAUAUCCUUGCUUGUUAAUUUUGUCGGUUUAAAGGGCAUCACUCAUUAACAUUGUAUUUUUGUGUGUGUGUGUGUGUGUGUGUAAGUCUCAUUCGUUGGAACACAAAUUCCCAUGAAAACCCGGUUUGUGAGGUCCACACACCAGCCAUCUGCAAAACGUGUCCAGCAGCAUCAGCUUAAACCGACUUCUCUUCCUUACAGUCCAUAGACUGGACAGCCAUGGCCAUUUGAUAACCCACACACAACAUUUUGACACAUUAAAAUGGCACAUGUGCAGUUUUAUACGCCUGUAUGUCCACAAUACCAUUCUUCCAUUGAAACAGGACCGAAACAGUCUGAGGAGUAUGUUUGAUGGCAUAAACGAAU